AUGGACGAAAGUGUCCGCAAGAGUUGGCAACUAGAACCUGAUCAAGUGGAGCUCACAAAUCCGUUGUGGCAAAUUGGAAUGGAGAAGCUGACAGAGACGAUCGCUACUCGUAUGGGUUACAAGGGUGUUUCAUUGCACUGCCCACCAAGUACUCACGAAGGCGGCGAUUUGAUAGUUUAUCGAAACGGACAAGUAGAGCACCGUCACGAUUUCGGUAAAGCUGACGCUACUGCGGCCUAUUUUCCACAUUACGCCGUGCACUAUUCGGAUGCUGAACACGCUCUGGAGCAAGUGACGAAGGGGUAUCGCCUUGCUUUGGUAUACUCAAUUUGUCUACCGGAAUCGAAGUACCACCUCAAACGGGACCAAAACAUGACCAUGAGUGAUGAGCUCGCCAAUGUGAUCAAUGGAAUGGGUCCGGAAGACGACUCGUUCGCGUUAGGCGAGCACCCUCGUUCCGUAUGA